AUGGUGGACAUAAAUUGUGCACGUGAGAGCUACUCGAUAUUGUAUGACGGGUGGCAUUUUUCUAAGAUGACAGAUUCAUCAUCUUCGCCUUCAUCGGCUUUUAUCAAUAUUAUCACCAAUAUUUUUACUGUUGUAAAAGCCGUACUUCGCAUCGGAUUUGUUAUUCUUAAUAAUAUUUAUUGUAUACCAACGUAUGUAAUAUGGAUGAUGUUGUUAUCCCCUGUAAAAUUAUUUCAACCCGGAAUUUAUUGGCGAAUCGAGGGUCUUUUUUUCCACUGGUUACUAGCGAUGGUAUCCAUGUGGUCUUGGUCAGCCGGUUAUGACAUAAUUGAACAUGGCGAUGAUUUACAACCAAUCAUAAAUGACAGAACACUAGUCAUUGCAAAUCAUCAAAGUACUGGCGAUGUUCCGAUGUUGAUGGCUGUUUUUAAUUCCAAGCCAAAUGUUUUACCAAAUUUAAUGUGGAUAAUGGAUCGUAUAUUUAAAUUUACAAAUUUUGGAAUUGUUUCAUUAUUGCAUCGAGAUUUCUUUAUUUCUUCGGGUCGUAAACGAAGAGAAGAAAGUCUUAAACAAUUAGAGUUACAUUUGGAUAACUCAUAUAUACCACUUGAAAGAAAGUGGAUAGUACUUUUUCCGGAAGGUGGCUUUCUGUGUAAAAGACGAGAAACUUCCCAAAAAUAUGCAAAAAAAAAUAAUUUACCAAUAUUAGAAAAUGUGACUCUACCAAGAGUGGGUGCUAUGCGAACAAUAUUUGAUAAACUUGGCCCCGUUUUAAACAACGAUCCUUCUGAGAACCAGUUGAACGCUAGAUCAAAUGUGGGUCUAAAUAAACCGGAAAUUCGUUGGGUUUUGGAUAUAACAGUUGCAUAUCCUCAGGGUAAACCGAUCGAUUUACCAACAAUCAUUACGGGGUCGAGGCCGCCCUGUGAAACCGUCCUUUUUUAUCGAUUAUUUCCAAGUUCUGUAGUUCCAAAAGAUCCCGAUUUAUUGUCUAAGUGGUUGUAUGACAGAUGGGCAGAAAAAGAAACAUUGUUAGAUAAUUUUUACAAGUAUGGAUCAUUUGUGGGUUCGUCUGAUUCUUCUCGCGAAGGGUCGAAAAUUCAACAAGAUCCUCUUCGAUAUUUAGUGCUUCAUCUAUUUUUUAUAACAUCUAGCUAUAUUCACUAUCACAUGUUUUCUUAUGUAUUGUCGUGCAUUUGGUGA